AUGUCAGCGCGCUGGUACUUUGGUAUCACGAACAACAGCGGCGUUUCAGUUGAGUCCCUGGGCACAAGGACUUUCAUAACCCUUCCCAAUGACCUGACCAUUGUGGCUCGCGGACCUGUGUCCUUUACAUCCACUCCCGGUCGUCAUCGAGAUCGUCCAGGCCCUCGGGCUCCGAUACACGCACACCCAAAUCACGAGAAUCAGACACGAUCACGAAUUUGGAACGGGAGGCGAGAUUGGCGCAGAGGCCGACGCGGGGGUCGCUACGGAGGAGCUGGUAGACAUGGCAGACAGCAACGAGGAGAAAGACACGGAGAUGGCCUCAGCUUGGAAGAGAGAAUUACGCUCCCUAACGGCCAUGCAGAGGCUCAUGUCAUUGCCAAUGCAAUGGCUGUCAGCCACAAUGCCGCUCCGUACCAGAACACUCAUACGAGUACAGCCACCACCCGCCUAAAUGGCUCCGUCACGUUCCUUGAUACGCGUUCAGAUGCUAUGUUCAUUGACCGGAACGUCCCUGCGACGUCCGGAAACGCGAACACAAAUGGGAUGAGCAACAACAACGACCCUGCUACGACAGAUGCCGCGGCUACACGCCCUCGAACCUCUACUACUGGCGGCUUGGUCUACGAUCCCGUGCAAAUGAGCUAUCAAAGAUCUGACGCGGGAGAAUCCCACAUGUCCUGGGACGUGACAUCUAAUAACGAGAACACGGUGGGUAACAACCAGGCCGAGGGGCAGGAUGAUGACUACCUUUUGUUCAGGUUCAGUCCUAAUAGCCACAGCGAGAUUAUCACCCCCUCUACUCUUCAUCCUAUCCCUGAUCUACCCGAUAGCGCCGAAGUAUUCCUGGAUAAUCCCCGCCUGGUGAAUGGGGUGUCGCCUACGGAUGGAACGCUACUACGGCGGCCAUUUAUUGCAGACGAAGCUAGCAGUAUCUCUCUCUAA